UUCCGGUCGCUGCACGGACGAGCGGGGCUCAGACCAUGGCGCGGAAGAAGGUGCGGCCGCGGCUCAUCGCCGAGCUGGCCCGUCGCGUGCGGGCCCUGCGGGAGCAGCGAAACCGGCCGCGCGACUCGCAGCGCUAUGCCCUGGACUACGAGACGCUGACGCGGCCGUACUCGGGCCGCCGGCUGCCGGUCCGCGCCUGGGCCGAUGUGCGCCGGGAGAGCAGCCUCUUGCAGCUGCUCAGCCGCCUGCCGCUCUUCGGCCUGGGCCGCUUGGUCACGCGCAAGUCCUGGCUGUGGCAGCACGACGAGCCGUGCUACUGGCGCCUGACGCGCGUGCGGCCCGACUACACGGCGCAGAACCUGGAGCACGGGAAGGCUUGGGGCGUGCUGACCUUCAAAGGACGGACGGAGAGCGAGGCCCGGGAGAUCGGGCAGGUCAUGUACCACGACUGGCGGCUGGUGCCCAAGCACGAGGAGGCGGCCUUCACCGCGUUCACGCCCGCGCCGCCCGAGGACACUCCGCGCUGCGUGCCCUACCCGCCGCUCAUCCGGGCCAUGAUUCUAGCAGAGCGGCAGAAAAAGGGGGACUCCAGCACCGAGGAGCCCAUGCUGAAUCUGGAGCGGACCCGAGUGGAUCCCUGGGACUACCCUGCGAGACAGGAGGCGAAGAAAAAGGCCAAGGCCACGCCAGUCUAAGUGCCAGCACUGGGUUGCUGCGGAACAGGUGUCUGGCGCUGGGCCCCGGUUUGUGAAUGAAGACGCCUUUGGGCUGCAGCUGGGACAGCCCCCCCGGGAGCGUGGAGCCAGGCCCUGCCUUUGCUCUGGGCGAGCUGGCCGCCAGGGGGAAGCGGGAGGCGGCGGGGCUGGCAGCGCGGAGCCCCAGCGCCCGCGCGGGUCGCUUCCCCCCUACGUGCGGCCCUUGCCGGACUCAGCCGGGAACCGUUUGCGCGCGAAUAAAGGCAGAACCAGU